AUGUUCAUAUCUUCAAACAGGCCAACUGCAUCUCCUGCGAUUUCCGUGACCUCGGUCUCGGACGACGACGAGGAUUUGGAGAACUCGGCAUUCUAUCUCGACGGUGACAACAAGACUCGGGUUUUGCCGGCUCAAUUCUCUUCGCGCCUUAGUUCAUUGUCCAUCUCAGAGCCGAGGGAUCGCACAGCAGCAUUAUCACUUGCCAAUAGCCUUCCACCAGAAGUUCUUAUCCAUAUUUUCCGCCUCAUACCCCUCCUCAAGGAUCUAUAUGCGUGUCUCCUAGUUUCACGGACGUGGUGUGCAUGUGCCGUUGAGUUGAUGUGGCACAAGCCAAUGGCAACCAAAGCCUCAUCUCUUUGGAAACUUCUCAACGCAUUUGGUCGAAAUGACCUCACAUUCCGCUACGCCUCAUUUGUUCGAAGGCUUAACUUCAUGGCCUUUGGAAGCGAGCUCAACGAUCAUAUGGUCUCCCGCAUCGCGGAUUGCACGCGCUUAGAGAGGCUUACUUUGGUCAACUGCACCAAUCUCACGGACGAAUCACUCGUAGCCAUUCUUAGCAAGAUGCCCAAUUUGGUGGCUCUCGACCUUACGAACGUAUCAUCAGUCUCAGAUAGGAGCAUAGCCGCCCUUGCGUGUACUGCGUCUCGGUUACAGGGCAUCAACCUUGGUGGCUGUAAACUGGUUACGGACGAGGGAAUCAUCCAACUCGCGACCCAUUGUGUCUUGCUCCGCCGAGUCAAACUGGCUGGCCUUCAAGUAACGAACCGAAGCGUUAUUCAUCUCGCUAGGCAAUGCUCCCUUCUACUCGAGAUGGAUCUUAAUGGCUGUACGGCCAUUACUCGGCCUGAUUGGGCCGCGUUGACCGACGACGCAUUCCCCGUUCCAGCCGACUCACAACCCAGGAUGAUUACCAGCCCAAAUGGCAGCCAAUCGCCUCCUCUCCUUCUGCCCCCGGAGACCGGGUUGACGAUGACCCGCAGCUUCGAGCACCUUCGUAUUUUGGAUCUCACUGGCUGUGUUUCUCUCACCGAUGCUGCCGUUGAGGGUAUCAUUUCCGUCGCUCCGAAGAUCCGAAAUCUUGUUUUGGCCAAAUGCACACUCUUGACGGACAAUGCGAUUGCGAGCGUGUGUAAACUUGGCCGAUACCUGCACUAUUUGCAUCUGGGACACGUUUCCUUAAUUACAGAUCGAGCAGUCAUUCAACUCGCCCGAACCUGCACGCGUCUACGAUAUGUUGACUUGGCGUGCUGUACCCAAUUAACGGACCUGUCCGUAUCAGAACUUGCCACCCUUGUCAAGCUUAGGCGAAUCGGACUGGUGCGGGUUAUCAACCUGACAGAUCAAGCGGUCUUUGCUUUGUCCGAACGACAAUCCUCCCUCGAGCGGAUACACUUGUCCUACUGUGAACAAAUCACUAUCCCUGCGAUUCACUUUUUGCUGCAACGACUACACAAGCUAACGCAUUUGAGCUUGACUGGAAUUCCAGCGUUCAGGAGGGAGGAACUGCAGAGAUAUUGCCGGACACCACCCAGGGAAUUCAACCCAAGCCAACGAGCUGCGUUUUGCGUCUAUUCUGGCAAGGGAGUUGCGGACCUACGUAGAUAUCUCGAGUACUUAAGCUCAACUGUUGAUGGCAUGCGGGGCCCAACUACUUCUGAUACAGAGGAUGAGGGUGACGACGACGAUAUUUCCCAACUCGAAGACUUCAUCACAUAUCCCCAACUGCCUAAUACAGGUGCCGUACAUCCCAACGGACAGCCCGCAGGCCCUUCCCAAGCUUCUAACCAGAGAACUCCUGACACCAACCCUACCCAUUUUUCGACUUCGAAUUUGAACCUGGGUAUAGCUAGCGGCCAGUCAGGAGAAAUGUAUGCGCCAGUACCAUACAGACCAGGAGAAUCAAGCUCUCCAACCGCAACAAUCGUGGGGGGCUCAAGGCGUAUUGUCUCUGGUAACUCCUCGGCCUCUGCUUCUUCUGUGGGGAUUCCGACGCCAGACUUGGUCUUUGCGGAAAGUGGCGCAUCUCUGUCAAGUGGUGCAACUAUCCGAGCACCACCAAGGCAAAAUAGUCCACUGAGGGUAUCACACCCUGUGUAUUUUGCAUCCACUUCAUCCCACCAUUUGAUCGAUACAUCUCAGCCUGAACCUACCACGCUGCCUGGAGAUCGGGUAUUGGCGCACAGUGUACGUGAAGCGCUCAGCGGCGGAGAUAUUAGUGGCUACCAAGUUGGUCCAGAGGGGGGAAGCGACACAGAUACUCCAGCAAGCGUAUCCGGUGUUAAUACGAGUUCUAGCGCAGGCCCAAGCUCCAGUACCAGCAACAACACCGGACGCGGGCGGUUGAGGAUGCUGCGUGUUUCGGAUUAUGCCAACGCGCUACCCUGGAAGAGGAGCAGUCGAAGAGGAAACGGCGAUGGAGAUGGAGAUGCCGGUGGUAGCGGGAAUGCGUAA